UGUUCCCGAAUGUACAGUGAGAGAUUGGGGCAGGAUGCACAAUACUUGCCUGAUAACCUAUACAUUACACUGAAAUCCAAAGAAGCCAAAAUGCCUUAUGUCUAGACACCUGCCUUUUGGGUCCCAAAGAUGGACGGAAGGUACAGGAAAGAUCUGGAGAACAUGCAGCGCGUGAGCGGUACGCCUUUAAAGGAGGGGCCUUUGUUGUUAAAGGAGGAGAUGCUUUCGGGUUCCUCAGAUUUUUUUUCUUUUCGUGGUUAGCGAAUAACGAAAAUGUCAUUUAAAGGCGGCACUUUCAACCUGAGCCAAACUUCAGACAUGUCAAUUGAAAGUGAAUGAAUAGGGUACAUGAAUUACUGAGUUAUUUUAGCAUUUUAAUAUUUUAAGUAGUUCCUGGAUAUUUGUCAAUAUUAAGAACAGGACCUGACCAGCUGGGAGGAGCUCUGGAAGUUGGCUUAAGAGUGUCAGCAAGUUUCCCUGUCAGGGCGAAUUAUAAAACCAGUACCUGCGUAGACUUGCGUACCAUCCACCCAUCCAUUGUUCUGGUCAGGAGCCCAUCCCAGGCAGCACAAGGCAGAAGGCAAAGACCACUCUGGUUGGAAUGCCAGUAAAAAUAUAUUCAAUGGUCACCUGCGUCCUGGUCUGUUUGACUAUCUUCUCCUUGCUCUUCCUCCACUUCAAUCUGAAUUAUGACAUUGUGAGUGCCCCAAAACAUAGUUUCAACAUCAGCAUCUUGAUCUGGUAUUGGCCAUUUGGGCGCUCUUACAGCCUAGCCGGUGACAUCUGUUGGGAUAUGUACCGCAUCCCUGGCUGCCACCUUCAUGACAACCACUUGCUGUUCAGCCACUCUGACAUCGUAGUCUUCCACCACCAUGAGCUGAAGACCCACCAGCUGCACCUACCUCUGCACCUCCACCGUCCAGCUAACCAGAAGUGGCUCUGGCUGUCAUUGGAGUCUCCGGCCUCCAACGGAAACCUGGCCUCCUACAAUGGUCUGUUCAACUGGACCAUGAGCUACCGCCGCGAUGCCGACAUCUUCAUACCCUACGGAGAACUGGUUUCGAAGAUGCAUGCUAAGGAUGAUGAGAUCAAUGCCUUCCAUGAGAACAAAUCUUCACUGGCCUGUUGGGUGAUCAGCAACUACAAUCCUCAACAGGCAAGGGUUAAGGUCAUCCAGAAACUCAUGAAAAUAAUUAACCUGGACCUUUAUGGGUAUAGCUUCAAAAGGCCACUUCCACAUGAAAAGCUUCUGCCGACCAUCUCCCAAUGCCACUUCUACUUGGCUUUUGAAAAUGCACAAUACAAAGACUACAUCACUGAGAAGCUGUGGCGAAACUCUUUUCAGGCAGGUGCAGUGCCGGUGGUCUUGGGUCCUCCACGAGAAAACUAUGAGGCCAUGGUGCCUCACGACUCCUUCAUCCAUGUAAAUGACUUCAAGACUGUGGAGGAGCUGGCAGAAUACCUCAACCAGACAACGGCAAACCCAAUAAGGUAUAGGUCGUACUUUAAAUGGCACCGCAACCACACCGUGAAGCUCUAUACUGACUGGAGGGAGAGACUGUGCAAGAUUUGCACAGUUUACCACAAGUUGCCACCCAAGAAGAUCUACCAAGAUCUACAAGGGUGGGCCAACAAGUAGCAUUUUAUCAGAUCUGCAAUUCAAAAGCUGGCUGUGGUGGCUCAAUGGCAAGCAGUGUACUCAUAUCUCCAGAGUUAAGGGGUUCAAAUCCUACCACUGAGUAGUGAAUUUGCCUAGAUUUCCUUGUUACCUCAAAAUUGCAUAAAACUUCAGAAUCUUUAAAAUGCGAAUCAUUUUGAGCACUGGUCAUAGGCAUAUAGUUUUCAGAAAAAUACAGAAGCACCGAAAACCAAGACUGAAACCGGUAAUCAGAGGCACGCGACACUACCAUGCAGUGUUGUGGAGAAGGCUUGACACACAGGUUCAGAAAUGACUCUGCAUGGUUUACCACAAACCAGCUAAGCACACAGUAACCUGCAGUAGAGGGAAGCCAGAAAAUAGAAACGUCCUAGUCGGUUGAGGUGAAACCCAACAGUUUUUAAACAGCAUAUGCACUUUAACGGACAAAAACAUCACAGAACAUUUUAGUCAUGGCAGCAUUUUUUUCAAAUUUUUACAGUAUAUCGAUAUAUUUUCAAAACAAGAUUUAGGAUGACAGUUUAUACAGAUAUUUUACCAUGCAGAAAAAUUAGGACUCAAGAUUUUUUUAGAGAGACUAAUAGCAUUCCUUCCUGCGGGAGAGUUUACAUGUUGAACAAUCUCAGAAUACACAGCUAAAAUCAAACCAUGCUGGUCUUUCAAGGGGGAACUUGGAGAGGAAGGGUUAGGGACCACUGACCCUUUGUUCAUUUCAUGUUAAAACGUUGCCAAACAGUUGACGUGUUUAAAAUACUGCAGUGUGCAGUAUUUGUUUUAUUUUGUUGAAGGCUAGUAUAUUAGAAUGAUCUUUCCAGUUAAGCACUUUCAAUGAUUACACAAGUCAACAGGUCAUUUUCAUCUCAAAGAAAUUUAUGUGGAUUGUGCAGGGUUUUCGCGGCGAUUUCAAAUCCGUGUUUAGUUUUUCUCUAACCCAUCGAGUUUUUGUGAUGAAGUAAAUGAUAUAUUGUAUAAUAUUUGGUGUAAUUAGCCUAAGCAUAUUAGAUUUAAUAACAGUUGUCUGUAUAAUUUACACUACAGACAGCAUUGACAGAUUUAUUUCAGUGGGCCUCAUACCUAGAAAUUGUGUCAAUCAUCCAGACAGUUUCCGGUAUAUGUGUGUGGUUCAUUCACGACAAAAGUACAACGGUCAAAUAAUUGCUGUAGGUCUUAAGAUGUACAGCUAGUACUUCGGUUGUCCGCCAAAUGACCAGGAUUGGUCGUGGGCUCCGCCUGUCAUCUGUACCAGUUGGUCCAAUGGAUUGCGUGACUGGCUAAAUCGGGAAAGGUAGCGACACCAUUUGCAAUCCCACUGGUGUGAGCCGGGAACAAGCAGUGUCCAGUUUCUGUCUCUGGUUGAUCCACAUAAAUCUUGACACAUCUCCAUAUCAAGCUAUGCUUGAACAACAACCUUGAAGGGACCAUGUGUAAAAAGAACUCACAAGGUUUUCAGUUCCUUGAGAAGUUUCUGAAAACCAGCACUGCAAACCUGAAGAAAGGGAUAUGUAUAGUUUCCCAGAUCAGGUCUGUUUUGCGGAAUGAAGGUCUUAAUUUCUCAGGAAGCUUGGGAGGUAUGCAAGAGGCUCUGCAGAAACUGAGUAGCCAUAAGCCUCCUGCAUACAUGGAAGGUGAUCAGGAUCUGCUUGAGUCAUACCAGAAACUGGGGUGUCACAUGUCAAUGAAAAUGCACACCUUUCACUCCCACGGUAAGUGAUAAGCAAGAACGUUUGCACCAGGACAUUCGCUUAAUGGAGCAUCGCUACCAAGCUUUCUGGACUGAGUGUACGAUGGCAGACUGAUGCUGAAUGCUCUACAGACAGUGUACACAAGAUUACACACUUAGAAUUUUUGAAGAAAUAGUGGCAGCUGACUUUUGUAUCUGUACCACAGCGAGAGUCUGAUUUCGCACUGAAGAUAAUGAAACAUUUACUGUGGAGGUGCUUAGGUUUUGGUAAAAGCUACAUACAGGUACAAUGUAAGGUAACAUUACUGGGACUGGUCAUAUCAAACUGAAAAUCAAAUCAGUAAGAAAAUUGUAGUCUGAUAAAAAAAAAAAAAGUGUGUCGUGUUGUGAUGUUUCUGCUUAUAGACCCAUUUGCAAUGACAAUGGGUUUUACGUCAAGUUUCUGGUCUGUAAUCAUUUACCUUCUGUUUUGAGAACCAUGUGAAAUGGACAAAAAAAAAAAGAAGUCUGCCUGCCCUGGACAGUGUGACAGCUGCUUUCAGAGCCACCCAACAGCAACAUCUCAGUAUGUUUUGAGUUUAAAUAGAAAAUAAAAAAUGUUCAUGCUUUAGAGUUGUGCA